AGGAGUGGAAGUGCCUAUCUUGGAGAUUUUCCCGGGGGAACCCCGAGGCCGUUCAUUAUGAUGUGUUCUGCACGGGAGUGGUUCAGAGUGACCGCGCUGCUCUUCAUGGCUAGAGCCAUUCCAGCCAUGCUGGUUCCUAACGCCACUUUGUUGGAGAAGCUUUUGGAAAAGUACAUGGACGAGGACGGCGAAUGGUGGACAGCCAAACAAAGAGGGAAAAGAGCCAUCACGGACAACGACAUGCAGAGCAUCCUGGAUCUCCAUAACAAACUGAGAAGUCAGGUGUACCCAACAGCUUCUAAUAUGGAGUAUAUGACGUGGGAUGUGGAGCUGGAAAGAUCUGCAGAAUCCUGGGCUGAAACGUGUUUGUGGGAGCAUGGACCAGCAAGCCUGCUGCCCUCCAUUGGACAGAAUUUGGGAGCACACUGGGGAAGAUACCGACCCCCAACGUUUCAUGUACAAGCGUGGUAUGAUGAAGUGAAGGACUUCAGCUACCCAUAUGAGCAUGAGUGCAACCCGUAUUGUCCGUUUCGAUGCUCUGGCCCUGUUUGCACACACUACACUCAGGUGGUAUGGGCAACCAGCAGCAGGAUAGGCUGUGCCAUCAAUCUGUGCCACAACAUGAACAUCUGGGGGCAGAUAUGGCCCAAGGCCGUCUACUUGGUGUGCAAUUACUCUCCCAAGGGGAACUGGUGGGGCCAUGCCCCUUACAAACAUGGACGGCCUUGCUCUGCUUGCCCACCCAGUUUUGGAGGAGGCUGUAGAGAGAACCUGUGCUACAAAGAAGGGUCUGACGGGUAUUACACCCCCCGUGAAGAAGAAACCAAUGAAAUUGAACGGCAACAGGCUCAGGUCCGGGACACGCACGUUCGGACAAGAUCGGAUGAUAGUAACAGAAAUGAAGUCGUCAGCACUCAGCAGAUGUCUCAGAUUGUUUCCUGCGAAGUCAGAUUGCGAGACCAGUGCAAAGGGACCACUUGCAACAGGUAUGAAUGUCCUGCAGGCUGCUUGGACAGCAAAGCUAAAGUCAUUGGGAGUGUACACUAUGAAAUGCAAUCCAGUAUCUGUCGAGCCGCCAUCCACUAUGGGAUAAUAGACAAUGAAGGUGGGUGGGUAGACAUCACGAGACAAGGACGAAAGCAGUACUUCAUCAAAUCCAACAGAAACGGUGUUCAAACAAUUGGCAAGUAUCAUUCUGCUAAUUCCUUCACAGUCUCCAAAGUAACAGUUCAAGCUGUGACGUGUGAAACUACAGUGGAACAGCUCUGUCCCUUUCAUAAACCUGCCUCACAUUGUCCAAGAGUGUACUGUCCUCGCAACUGCAUGCAGGCAAAUCCACAUUAUGCUCGAGUAAUCGGAUCCAGAGUUUAUUCUGAUCUAUCUAGUAUCUGCAGAGCAGCAGUGCAUGCUGGGGUCAUACGAAACAACGGUGGUUAUGUGGAUGUCAUGCCUGUGGACAAGAGGAAGAUGUACACUGCUUCUUUUCAAAAUGGAAUCUUCUCAGAAAGUUUACAGAACCCUCCAGGAGGAAAGGCAUUCCGGGUAUUUGCUGUUGUGUGAUGGGGAUCCCUUGGAAAGGGAUUGGGAAGACUGCUCCAUGUACC